AUGGUAGACCAUAUACAUAGGAAAUUCAAUAAAUCAUUUAUUCUGCUAUAUGUUGGGAAUUAUUGCAUAAAAAUUGAUUCCUUUUCUUAUCUAUUUCUAAAGGGUUUUGUACCUUUUUACAUAGAAAUAUACAAAUUUUAUUGUUUUUUUUUGGCAAUAUACAUAGAGAACAGAUGGUACGCCCUGAUGAUUUUUGAUGCAACAUUAGAGUCAUUUGAAGAAGCCUCCCUGAGAGUUCAGAAAACAUUAACAUCACUGAAGGAACUGAUAUACAAAGCGGACGUCUGUAAAGAAAAGAUCCCGAAAGAUAUCUCCUUCCCAAAAAUGGACUUUGAUAUCAAUAAGUAUUUGACAGGUAUAUGCUCUGUUGAGGAUGAAAUAGAAAGGGAACUCAAGGAGCUUGUCGUGUUUUUGGACAUCCAAAAUGAAGAGGUAGAAAAGGAUGUAGCAUACUACAAGGAAAUGGUGUCUAGGGCAGGAAUAAGAACCAAACUGGAGAAUAUUUCUUAUUUGGUAAAUAAGAAGAUGUAUUUAGAUGAAGGAAAAGGACGAGAAUAG